AUGAACUCGAUCAAGAAAAAUAUACAAGACACAUACACCAAGGAAUAUCUUGCACUUAAUAAAAGGAACGAUGGUAGAGAAUUAAUGAACUUUCGAGAUGCGUCACUAAAUUUGAACACAAUACACACAGCAGAUGGAUCGGCAGCAGUCAAAAUUGGGAAUACAGCUGUUGUUUGUGGCAUUAAAGCAGAACUAGGUGUUCCUAAAGCUGAAACUCCAGAUAUUGGAUAUCUUUUAGUAAAUAUUGAACUACCUAGCCUAUGCUCUAAGAAAAUUCGACCCGGAAUUCCAUGUGAUGAAGCAAUGCAAAUGACCAGCUUCCUUAAUGAAGUGUGUAAUAAUUGCAAAAUACUAGAUCUACAACAAUUGUGUAUUUCUGUUGAUAAAUUAGUGUGGGUCUUGUCGUGUGAUAUAUAUUGUUUGAACUAUGACGGAUCUGUUUUAGAUGCAUGUUUAGUAGCAUUGUUAUCAGCAUUACAAACAGUUAAGAUACCAGAAGUAAAAUAUGACAAAGAAACUGAAGAAACAACCGUCAUUGAAAAUUACAUUCCGUUAAAAGUUAACAGUUUACCAGUAUCGUCAACCUUUGGGGUAUUUAAUGAAAAAUAUAUUUUAGCUGAUCCAACUGAAGAAGAAGAGCAAUUAUGUGUUAGUAAACUAACAGUUGUGACCAAUGGUUCCUUAUUAUUUUCAUUACACAAACCUGGAGGAGAAUUCAUAAAAGAUAGCCAAAUUCAAAAUUGUAUUAAACAUGCUAAUAACAGAGCAAAAACAAUUUAUCAAUUAAUAAAAGCUGCACAGUAA